UACGCUGUCCAUUAUAUACAUCAAAAAUAUGUCUCCCAAAAUUGACUUUAUUAGCGAUAUAUCGAGUAAUAAGAUGAUGUGGACCUUAAAGGUUCGCGUAGUGCGAUUCUGGAAGGUUACGAAUAUUGAAAAUGCCGACAACGUAUUGUCGCUAGAGAUGCUGUUGCAGGAUGAGAGGGGGGGUCGUAUUCAGGCAUCUUUGGGAAAAUCUGUUAUGAACAGGUUCCAAAUAGAGAUAAAGGAACUAGGACUAUAUUAUAUGAAGAAUUUCGUGGUUUGCCCGAAUAAACUAAAAUAUAAGACCAACGAUCACCAAUUUAAGCUAAUUUUCACCCAUAGAACGAGUGUGGAGGAAACAAUUGAUGCACACUUUGGUAUGGAAGUCUUCAAUUUUCGACCAUUUGAGCACUUGAUAAAUCAAGUGAACGUUGAGGUUACUAAACUAUUCGAUGUCAUAGGAGAGAUUGUUAGUUACGGACCUAUACAAGAACACAAGCAAGGUGAUAAGUCCAGCGCUUUUAUGAAUGUUGAACUCCAGGAUCAUGAGAAUAAUAAUAUUUCAACUACUUUUUGGGGGGAAUUUGUGGAGCAAAUCAUGCCACACUUGGAUACUUCUAUCGAAAAUCUUGUCAUUGUGGUUAUGCAGCUAAUACGAUCUUAUAAGUUUCAAGGUAAAUAUUCUGUACGUAAUUCUUGGCAUGCUUCGAAACUCUGGAUUAAUCCAAAUUUGCCUCAAGUUGCAAAAUUUAGUUCCAGAUUGGAAAAUGUGCGUGGGGAGAAAUCCGAGAGGAUUUCUCAAAUAUCCUCUCAACGUAAUUAUUCUGCUGCGGAAGAGUUGGCUUCUGGAACGGCUCAAGUUAAAACAAUCAGAAACUUGGUUGAGUGUCUUCAGAAAGGGAGCUUCUGGAUUGUUACCACUAUAGUGUAUAUAGAACUUAAGAACGGUUGGUCGUAUCUGAGCUGCAUAAAAUGUGCCAGGAAGGUUUACAAAGUGGGCAGUAAAUUUAACUGCCCGAAGUGUAAAAGCAACGAAAAUUCUGCGCUAACCAGGUAUAGACUACAAGUUAGAGUUAUGGAUAAUAAUGGCUCUGUUUCUUUGUUAAUUUGGGAUCGCGAUGCGAUAAAGCUCAUCGGUAAGACUGCUAAUGAAUUAAGAGCGGGAUUACUGGAGAAGUCUGGCGCUGCUGAUGCAUUUUCAUAUCCAUCGGAAAUGGAUAACAUUCUGGAUAGAAGGGUCAUAUUUAAAGUGGCUGUAAAGAGUGACAACAUAGAGAACCACGAUGAAGUUUAUGGUGUUAUUAAAUUCAGUGAAGAUGAGGAUCUCAUUAAGCAGUAUGGUUCUUCUCCAAGCGAAGAUGCAUUCUAUGUAUGUUGUUUUACAAGCAUAUCUCAUAACAUAUAA